CUCAAAAUAUAUAUGCAAAUUAAUCCCUUUUUGGUAUUCCAACUCUUCCCUCAGAUUCUUUUACAGAGUUUGCACGCAAUUAGAUCUUACAAACUUUCUAUAUUUAUCUCUGCAAUUAUUGUCUGAUCAACAAAAGAAUGGCAGAUUCACCACCAUCAUUGCCAACAACAAGAAAACAAAAUUCAUUUCCACCACCACCAUUGCGGAUUAGGGAAAAUAAUAGCCCUCGAAUGUCAGAGUUAAGGAAAAGUCUAUUUUCACCUUCAUUGCGAACUCCAACAUCAAUUAGGACACCAACAUUCAAGACUCAAAAAUCCAUGUUGUUGUUAUUGGCUUAUGUUUUCACUUUUUUAUUUGUUACAUGUGCUAUCUUUAUUGUUGUCUUUAAUAAUCCUUCCAUUAACCAUUCUUUCAAGAAAGUCCUUAAUAAGAGGUCCCAGUUUUCCACAUUUUUCUCUCACUAUUUUUCCUCAAACAAUAAUCAAAACUCAACUGUUUACUAUCUCCCAUUUAAUGAUUCUUCUAUUUCUCAAAAUGCUUUUGCUAUUUCACCUAGCCAAAUGAAUGAUUCUGAAAAUGGUGAAAAGGGUUUACAGAGUUCCUUGAAGAAUGAUCAGUUCUCAAGGAAUGAAGGUAAAUCUAGUAGUAAAAGAGAAGAGGAAGAGACAGAAAAGGUAACAAAUUCUGUGAAAAAUGAGACAAACAACAACAACAACAUGUCUAGUGUAAUCCCACAGGUGGAGUCCGUGAAAAAUGAGACAUCAUGUGAAAAUCAUCAAAAGAAUGAGCCAUGGUGGGAAGUGAUGAGUCAUUGUGAUAUUUAUGAUGGGAUGUGGGUGAAAGAUGAUGCUAACCCUUUGUAUGAACCUGGUUCUUGUCCUUUUAUUGAUGAGCCAUUUGAUUGUUAUCACAAUGGAAGGCCUGAUAAUGGCUAUGAGAAAUUUAGAUGGCAGCCUAAGCACUGUAACAUUCCAAGGUUGGAUGGCAAAGAAAUGUUGGAACUUUUGAGAGGAAAGCGAUUAGUCUACGUGGGUGACUCUCUGAACAGGAAUAUGUGGGAAUCAAUGGUUUGUCUGCUUAGAAAUUCUGUUGAAGACAAGAGCAGAGUUUUUGAAGUAUCUGGAAGAGAAGAUUUCAAGAAAGAGGGUGCUUAUUCUUUUAUAUUUGCGGAUUAUAAUUGUUCAGUAGAGUUUGUACGUUCUACGUUUCUCGUUCAAGAAUGGGAAAUGGCAGACGGGAAUGGAUCAACUAAAGAAACACUCAGAUUAGAUCUGGUAGAAAGGUCAUGUGACAAAUACAAAGGAGCUGAUGUUCUUGUCUUUAACACAGGGCACUGGUGGACUCAUGAGAAAACAUCUGAAGGGAAGGGUUACUAUCAAGAAGGUAGCCAUGUUUAUGGUGAACUUAAUGUUGUUGAGGCAUUUCGCAAGGCAAUGACAACAUGGGCAAGAUGGAUUGAGACCAAUGUAGAUCCUCUCAAGACUGAUGUUUUCUUUAGAGGCUAUUCAGUCUCUCAUUUCAGUGGAGGUGAGUGGUACGCUGGUGGAAAAUGUGAUAGUGACACCGAGCCACUUCAGGAUGAGAAAGAUUUGUCGCCUUCUCUGUAUCCGCCAAUAAUGGGAAUGCUAGAGGAUGUGAUAAAGUGGAUGAAGACACCAGUAUACUAUUUAAAUGUUACCGUAAUGUCAGAUUUCCGCAAGGAUGGACAUCCAUCGGUAUACAGGAAGCCAAACAUGACAGACGAGGAGAGAAGGACGACGUUAAGGUACCAAGAUUGCAGCCAUUGGUGCCUUCCUGGUGUACCAGACACUUGGAAUGAGCUCCUAUAUGCGCAACUAUUGAUGAAACAUUAUCAGAAACAACAAAAACAACAGCAGCAGCAGAUAGGUUCUUAGGCAAACAUAGCUAUAGUAUUAUACAGAUAUGAUAUUUUGGGCGAAAUAUGUCCAACGUUAGUUGUACUUUUUCCGGAUGAGAAGUCAGAAAUGAACGCUAUUAGUUAAUAGCUACAGAUAGUUCUAUGUGGAACCACUUAUCCAACAGUAUAGUAACAAGUUACUAUUACUUUACCCUGCUAUAAAAUAUGAGCUUAAAGUAUGUA